CCACUCUUUUCGUAGGGAGAGGUGAGUCGUGGACGAGCCUCGUCCUUUUUUUUUUGCGUGUUUUCGUACUGGUCUGUGUUUCUCAGUUAAUUUUAGCAUUUUUUUAAAUUGUCUACCGUGCUAAGUUACUCCCGGAGUGGCAAAUAGGGAAAAAGCACUAUUGAAACACGCUCUACGACUGCAUCCCAAAGCAAAACUGAAGGGUGAGACCUAGAUUGGAGGAUGGCUCCAACUGCAAGGGUAAAAGGAGAGAAGAAGAAGCUUGCCACCAAUGAUGUGGUUACUAGAGAGUAUACAAUUCACCUUCACAAAAGACUUCAUGGAAUAGGUUUCAAGAAGAGGGCUCCACGUGCCAUCAAGGAGAUCCGGAAGUUUGCAGAGCAGCAGAUGGGUACAGCAGAUGUGAGGAUAGACACCCGCCUCAACAAGCAAGUCUGGUCCAAGGGAAUUAGGAAUGUUCCGUUCCGGAUUCGUGUGAGACUGUCCAGACGAAGAAAUGAGGAUGAGGACUCUCCACACAAACUGUACACUCUGGUAACUCAUGUUGCUGUUACAACCUUCAAGGGUCUCCAGACAGAGAACGUGGAUACUAGCGAUGAAUAAAAUGGCUAUUGAUCAUCUGAA